AUGUUGCGCCGCGCGGUUCAGCGCACGCGACUGCAUCUGCCGGCGCCCACAGGCCACGACAAUGGCAGUGCGCUGUCGCCCUCCGACAGCGAAGACGAAGGAGACGGCGGUGGCUCUCUCGGUGCGAGUCUCAGCGUCGCCUACACGAGUCUCCGGGACGACGCGUCCGCGCGCGACUCGUUUCGACAGCGUCUGGACGAUUUCUCGGAUGUGCAGCCGCUGAUUGCGGCCCUGGAGCCUCAGCCGACGAAGCGGACCACUGAGCACGUGGCCAAACUGUCGAUGGACGAAGACCGCCGGGCAGCAGAGGUCUGGAAACGACUGCAGACGCUCUAUGGGCUGUUCCAAGCGCUCUCGAAGGAACUGCCGGUGGAAAAAGACGGUGGCUGGCCAAGUGCGCGGCUACAGAGACCGCAGGCGGACGCGACGACGCGACAACGCAGACGCGACGACGGACUGCGGUCGCUCUUGCAGGCGACGCGACUGCCGUCGGGUGUCGUCUUGCGCGACGUGCAGACGUUGGCGACUGUGGACGAUACGAAAGACGACCAGGCCAUGCCGCAAGGGUUCACUGCCAGUAUGUUUGCCGUGCUGGGCAACGCACUGUACAAUGAGAUGCUCGUUGCUGCUGGACAGAAUCGGAUCAGUCGCGACGUGUUGGAGGAACUGGGCAACUGCCUGUACACUGAAGCGGCGAAUGUGGCCGUGAUUGCUGUCGAUGCGUGA